GUGAUGUUUCCGGUUUUUGAACCGGAAGUUUACGGUAAGUCCGCGUUAAUAAACUUGAACACGUCGUUUUCACAGCUCUGACUCUGGACGCAGAGAUGUCCGGAGCUGAGAUGGACCCCGACGUGGCAUUAGGCCUGUUUGAAGAAGGAGCCACGUUGGUUCUCCUCGGCGUUCCUGAAGGAACCGAGCUCGGUCUGGACUAUAAGACCUGGGGGGUGGGUCCACGUUUCCGUGGCGUUAAGAUGAUCCCUCCAGGAAUCCACUUCCUCCAUUACAGCCCGGCUAAUGCCAAGAGUCAGGGAGGAGAACUGGGUCCUAAACGGGGCGUGUUCCUCUCGCUGAAGCCUCGCGAGGUCCUUCUGGCUCACUGGGACAAAAACGAGGAGGAUCUGGACUUUUCAGCGUCGCAGAACGUAGAUGAGGUUUCUCGUGUGAGAGCCGGCCUUCGUGAGCUCGACUCGUACCUGGGGCCGUAUCCGUACGACACGCUGAGGAAGUGGGUGUCUCUGACGGAUAAACUGAGCCAGGAAGUGGCGAGCGCGCUGCAGCCUCUGAGCGGACGCGUGUGCGCCUUCUGUGACGUGGUUCCCGAGCUGCAGCUCACACACACCAAAGACAGAACCGAGCAGAACCUGCCGCGGAACGACACGCAGUGCCGGAGCAUGAAAGAAGGGCUGGAUAGACUUCCACGCAUGAAGCAGAGAGAAGGAACGGAGUUCCGGUUCUCCCAAAUCCCUCGCCACGCGUAUCCUCCGGGAGCCACGCCCGCCCAGAUCACGCAGUGCAGCAUGGACCUCAGCUACGCCCUCAACCUUCUGCUCGAGAACCACCACAAGGAACAGCCGCUCAACGUCCUCGGUGAGCUGCAGUUUGCCUUCGUGUGUUUCCUCAUCGGGAACGUGUACGAGGCGUUCGAACACUGGAAGGAGCUGCUGCUUCUCCUCUGCAGGAGUGAGGAGGCCAUGAGGGAGCGCUCUGAUCUCUACCUGGGCCUCAUCAGCGUCCUCUACCACCAGCUCGGAGAAAUUCCCCCCGACUUCUUCGUGGAUAUCGUGUCCCAGAACAACUUCCUCACCUCCACGCUACAGGAUUUCUUCCAGUUUGCCAGUUCUCCAGGCGUCAACGCUACUCUACGCAAAAGAGCGGAGAAGUUUAAAGCCCAUCUGACCAAGAAGUUCCGCUGGGAUUUCGAUGUAGACCUGGACGAGUGCGAGCCGGUGGUGGUGGAGCUUCCUGAAGGAGUCACGCUGGACUGAGGCUGGUACCAUGUUUCCCGGAUAAAUACCGGAGAGAAAUAAUAAGAGACAGUAAAGUGCUUUGGUUCCUGCAUGGACAUGACUGAUCUUUUCAUCCUUCAUCAUCAUCCUUCAUCACCAGUGUCUGAUUUAAACACUUAGCAGAAAAGAUAUGGUUUGGCUAAAUAUAAAAUACGUACACAACAUCCCACUUUACUCCACUUUACUCUGAAGUUUGCUUUGUUUUUUUUUAGUUUUGCACUGGAGCUUCAAUGCUAAUGUUGCUAACAAGUAAUGGGAGUUUAUAGCCACUAGUUUAGCCUGUCUCCUCAAGCAACGUUGUGGAGCUGUUUAGUCUCUUAAACACAAUCAUUGAUGUGGUUUCUGAUUCUGUAUCACAAUAAAAUAUAUACUCUGUCCCUUAAAGGUUCAACGUACAUCCCUACAACAGUGUUUUCCUUUCAGAAAGGGUUUCAGUACAGUGUAGAGCCCAUUUAGGAGGCUAGUAACCAUUAAAUAUAUCCAAUGAACCCCUAAAAGAACCUUGAAGAACAUUUAUCUUUUAAGCUCCUGACAGGUUCUAGGUAUUAAAAAGACAAUAAUGAGGAAUAAUUUGGAGUUUGUAUCGCACACUUACCCAGUAUAAUACAUAUAAUACAGUAAAAUACAUAUUCUCUUAGAAACAACGGUUCUUUAA